AUGCCGGCGCCCUGGGGAGCCGCGGAGGCGAGUCCGCGGGCUCCGCUGGCAGCCGGCCACCCUGCAGUAGGGCCGGGCAAAAAACAGCGGCACCCCCAAGGCACCGACCGAAACGCCCCGGCCCCACAGAGCGACGAAACAAGCCCCGGCGACCGGCCGCAACACCCAACGCGACCGCACCACCCCGGAAAAACACACAGGCGGCUGCGGCUGCGCCCACUGCCGGGGCCCAUGCGCAUCCGCCGCGAACCGGCCGCAAGCGCCUCGGAACCCCCCAAAACGCCCCCCAGGCCAAAAGCGCUGCCCCGCCCCACCAAGACAGAUGCCAACAGCGCGCAACGCAACACACCGCGCACAGAACUGACGCAAGAGCAGAAAACAGCCCGCGGGCAGCACAGAGCCAGAGUGGAGCUAACCACGCCGCCCCCCCACCGGACCAAGCCAGAGCAGCACAGCCAUGCCUGCCGCCCCUCCUCGCCGCCCGCACAAGCCCCCAACACGCCGCUGAAUCACCUCCACCGCCCCGACGCGAGCCGGUCGGAGCCACUCCACCAAAGCAGCUCCACCAUGCCUCCAAGCGGGAAAACCCACCCGAAGACCCAAUCAGCGCAGCCAGCUCAUCCACACCAGCCCCCCAACACCAACCCCGCCGUAGCCACCCAGACACCCACACACCAGCGGCGCGCCGCCAGCAGGACCCCCACCCAACGGGGCCGCCCCCCGAGAGAACAGACAUGCCAAUACCCCCCCCGGAAAAAGAACGGCAAGCAGAAAAGCCCCCCCAAUGGGACAGUAGACACCAGACAUUGA